GAACUCACACUGGACACAAACACAGUGAACAGAAACCUCAAACUGUCUGACAACAACAGGAAGGUGACAUUAGUGAAGGAGGAGUAUCAGCCAUAUCCUGAUCAUCCAGAGAGGUUUGACUACUGGUCUCAGCUGCUGUGUAGAGAUGGUCUGACUGGUCGCUGUUACUGGGAGGUAGAGAGGAGAGGAGAGGUUGAUAUAUCAGUGAGUUACAGAGGAAUCAGCAGGAGAGGAGACAGUGCUGACUGUAGGUUUGGAGAUAAUGAUCAGUCCUGGAGUCUGUUCUGCUCUGAUGAUCGUGGUUACUCUGUCUGGCACAAUAACAUAAGAACACCCAUCUCCUCCUCCUCCUCCUCUGUCUCUGGUAGAGUAGCAGUGUAUGUGGACUGUCCUGCUGGCUCUCUGUCCUUCUACACAGUCUCCUCUGACUCACUGAUCCACCUCCACACCUUCAACACCACAUUCACUCAGACUCUCUAUCCUGGGUUUGGGGUCUGUUCUCCUGGUUCCUCAAUGUCUCUGUGUUCUGUGUAGGACGGAGGAUACACAGAAACACACACACACACACACACACACACACACAUAGACAC